CCUGAAACUUGAGUCCCAAGUCUCUAACAAACUUGAGACCCUCAAAUCUCUGUUAUAAAACCAUUGCUUCGCAAGCUUCCUGCUUAUUAUUUCAACUAGCAGGAAAGAAAAAAAAAUGAAGAAGAACAGUGCUCGAGUUCAUGAACUCAAGGACGACUUAAGAUCAUGCAGGCAGAGGAAAGGCAUGACUGUUUGCGAUUACUACAACAAACUCAAAACUAUUUGGGAAGAUCUCGAGACUCACCAACACAAACCUAAGUCGUGUCGUUGCGGUGGAUGCAACUGCGAAGAUGUGGAGACAUCUAGAGACGAAGAGAAAUUACAUCAGUUCCUCUUGGGAUUAGAUGCUUCAAUAUAUACCAAUGUUAAAGAUGAGAUCCUUGACACGGAUCCAUUACCAAGCCUGGAACAAGCUUAUUCGAUGGUUUCUCAAGAAGAAAAGAAUAGGGUUUCGAGUUAUCAAAAAGUAAGUGGAGAAACUGUCGUUGAUGUAAUAAGUUCUGGUAACGCAGAGGAAGACUCUAUUGACACCAGUCUUGGCGUUACGGUCAAGAAAUAUGAAGAUUUCGGACAAUGGUAUUCUCAGGUUUGCAGGUGUGGUGAGAUGAUGGCAUACUAUGACAUAAGUGGAUGUUACAUUCUAAGGCCAAAUGCUAUGAAGAUUUGGAAUAUUAUGCGAACCUACUUUGAUGCUGUAUUGGAGAAGGCAAAAGUGGGUGAGAGUUAUUUCCCUUUGUUUGUAUCAACUAGUGUUCUUGAGAAGGAGAAGGAUCACGUAGAAGGGUUUGCUCCAGAGGUUGCAUGGGUUACAAAGGCUGGUAAAUCUGAUUUAAAUGUUCCAAUUGCAAUUCGUCCAACGAGUGAGACUGUGAUAUAUCCUUACUUCAGUAAGUGGAUAAAGAGUCACCGUGACUUGCCUUUGAAGCUAAACCAGUGGAACAAUGUAGUUAGAUGGGAGUUUAGCAAACCUACUCCAUUCAUCAGGAGCCGAGAGUUCCUUUGGCAAGAAGGACACACUGCUCACGCCACAAAAGAAGAGGCAGAUAAAGAGGUUCUUGAGGUUUUGGACCAUUACUGUCACCUUUAUGAAGAAUAUCUCGCGGUCCCAGUUGUAAAAGGUAUGAAGAGUGAGAAUGAAAAGUUUGCAGGUGCACUUUACACCACAAGCGUAGAGGCUUUCAUACCAGAAACUGGUCGUGGUAUACAAGGUGCAACAUCACAUUGCUUAGGGAAAAAGUUUGCAAAGAUGUUUGACAUCACAUUCACGAAUAAAGAAGGUAAAAAUAGAAGGGUGUGGCAGAAUUCUUGGGCUUAUAGUACCAGAACGAUUGGAGUGAUGAUAAUGACUCAUGGAGAUGACAAAGGAUUGGUGAAUCCUCCUAAAGUUGCACCAAUUCAAGUCAUUGUGGUCCCAGUGCCAUUCAAAGAUGCAGAUACUAAGGAGAUAUCUAAAGCUUGUACUGAUGUGAAAGAUGCAUUGCGCAAAGAUGGUAUACGUGCUGAAGAAGAUUUAUCUGAUAACUAUUCUCCUAAAUGCAAGUAUACACAGUGGGAAAUGAGAGGUGUUCCGCUUAGAAUUGAAAUAGGACCUAGAGAUUUAGCCAAAGAUCAGGUCAGAACUGUGAGAAGAGAUACUGGAGUUAAGGCUGAUGUUCCAAGAGUAGGUUUGGUUGAACAUGUUAAGGAGUUGCUUGAAAAGAUUCAGCACAACAUGUUUGAUGUAGCUAAGCAGAAGCGAGAUGCUGCCUGUGUAAUUGUAAAGACUUGGGAUGAGUUUGUUGAAGCACUUGGUCAAAAGAAACUCAUUUUAGCUCCUUGGUGCGACGAGAAGGAGGUUGAAAUGGACGUUAAGAGAAGGACCAAAGAUGAAAUUGGAGCAGCUAAGACUCUUUGUUCUCCCUUUGAUCAGCCUGAAAUUCCAGAAGGGACACUAUGUUUUGCUUCAGGAAAGCCUGCAAAGAAGUGGACUUAUUGGGGCAAGAGUUACUAAGUCCAUUACAUGUUUGCUUUUUUCUUCUUACUUCGGUUUAAACUCGGUUUGAUUUUUGAUUAAUGUUUGGUUUGAUGCGUAACCAUAACAUCCCAAGUGCAAUUCCAUCAUUGACUCUUGAUAAUUGUU